GUCAAGAUCAUAGAAACGGAAAUUGUGAUGAACUCAGUUUUAUCAAGAGUUCAUAAUCACACUACAAAGUAAUUAGUGUAAUCUUUUGGACCUUUCGCAUAAAGUGAAAAAUGAAAUGUACUCCAUUUAUUUGUACAUUUCUGUUUUACCUUGGGUACUCAUAAAAGAAUUAAGAGCUGAUACAGGCCGUAAGAUUUUGAAUCAAAAUGAAAGAAGAGACAAUGAAACAACAAUGGAAUAUCCAUCGCCCUUGAGUAGCCUGUUUAAAAAUAUGUCAGUUGCAAUGGAAACAGAAUCGGAACAAGAAUCGGAUAAUGAUGGAAAUAAAUGGAACACCACCGUCCUUGAGGGUUAUAAAAGCCGGGGAAUUUAUUUGUCGCUUCAGUCGAUUCUUGAUUAUUUACGGCAACCUGAAUACCUGUCCACACCAGCAAUGAAGGAGAUAUUGAAGAAGUACAAGAGAGCCCUGAACACUGUAGGUGGAAAGCAGCUAACAGAUUUUUUGCCGGGACCUCGACGACGGUUCAUAGUCAUAGAGGGGCUGUACACAUCAAAAAGAAGCAACGUUGCACAACUGGUGUCAAGAAGUCUACAUGCCAAGUAUAUCCUGAACCCUUACGGCAAGUUGGCUGGGGUGUCCAAGCUACCUGCGACGUACAGCACUCGCAGAGCCUACUACUGUCUCACCAAAUACGCUGUUGCUAACGUUGCGGCCAAAAUGUUACGGGAUGAUCCUGUGGUUAUGGAGAGGUACUGGUUGGAUCAAAUCACCUUUGCUAUAGCCAAGACUUUCAAGUCUGAACUUCCCCCACUUGACUCUGGUCUGUAUGACUGGCCUAAAGAUCUGUUAAAACCUGAUCUUACAUUCUUUAUAAAUGCUGACAACAAAUCACUCGAUGGACUGUACCAACCGAACGAAAUUAACAAUUUUACUCUCAACCUUCUACAAGUUUAUGAUUACUUCAAGAUGAAAAUUCCUAUGGUGGAGAUAAGUUCGAACCAGUCUCUCCUAGCUAUGGUCAAGGAGGUCGUCGGCCAUGUAAGAAGUCUCGGGCCGGAGAUAGUGGAAGAAAAGAGGAGAAAAGCGGCUCGUCCUCUGGAUUAACUUUUGAUUAUGAUCCUCAUUCCCUAGCAACCUGUUCUAUCUAAUUCUGUCCUUAUAAUGUACACAAACCCUAUGGAUUGCAAAUUGAUCAAUUUCAAAACAAUUAAAUUAUAUCACUCCAUUUACUUC